AUGUCUAAUCUAUUUACAUUCUACGAAUUCGAAAAGACACUACCUGGAAGGCUUGUGGAACGUCAAGAAAACCUGUUUGCUUUGUUAUUAUGCGAGCUCGGAACAUUAUCCGGACCGGUGCGUCGUAAGAUCGACUCGUACGGGCGAAUAUUAGCUUCCGGGCUCCGAUCGAAAGUGGUCUUGUUUGCGGCAAUUUUCCUUGAUCAUGAUAUCGAAACUGUUUUACUGCGUCUUCGGCAAUUAUUAGUGAUUGCGACAUCUACUGUUUAUUUGUUGAACGAAAAGAUUGUUUAA